AUGACGGAAUCCUCUACACUCGGUGUCAAGAGAAAGCGAACGCAGUCUCUUCCCCCGCCCGAACUGCCCCGGCUAGUGGCCGAACAACACGUGCCCAUCUCGGCCAGCGACAAGGACACGAAGCGGUUGAUCGUCGUGUUGUCGAAUGCCAGUCUCGAGACCUACAAGGCGGCCCACAGCGGCAAGGCCGGCAAAGAAGAGAAGUAUUCGCUGUUGAACAGUGACGAGCACAUUGGCGUGAUGCGCAAGAUGGGCCGCGACAUCAGUGAUGCCAGGCCCGACAUUACACAUCAGUGCCUGCUUACGCUACUGGACUCCCCCAUCAACAAGGCCGGGAGACUGCAGAUCUACAUCCACACCGCCAAGGGCGUCCUGAUCGAGGUGAACCCGAGCGUGCGCAUCCCGCGAACCUUUAAACGAUUCGCCGGUCUCAUGGUCCAGCUUCUGCACCGUCUCUCGAUUCGCUCGGUAAACUCGCAGGAAAAGCUGCUCAAGGUCAUCAAGAACCCCAUCACGGACCACCUGCCGCCCAACUGCCGGAAAGUGACGCUCAGUUUCGACGCAGACGUGGUCCGAGUCAGGGACUACGUCGACAAGCUCGCCCCCACCGAGAGCAUCUGCGUGUUCGUGGGUGCUAUGGCCAAGGGAAAGGACGACUUCGCCGACGCCUUCAAGGACGAAUCAAUCAGUAUCAGCAACUACAGUCUGAGCGCAAGUGUGACGUGUAGCAAAUUCUGCCACGCCUGCGAAGACUCCUGGGACAUCAUAUGA